CAGAAGCAGCAGCAUAGCAGAUCUAUUCCGCCAAGACCAAAUAUAUCAACAUUGUCAUAUCUCAUAUAUGAGUUGUCAUGACAGAAAUACGUUAACCAAGUUUAGAUUUUUGUUCUUACAACAGCAGUAAUAACAUAUUUAAAAUAUUUUUAAGAAUAUACAAAAAAUAUUCCUCAUAUUUUGAUGGUUUAAUGGAACUUGUAGGAUCAGCAAAAACAAAUAGCCCAUCACCUUUGGCCACUACUGUAUUUGUCCAUCUACUUCCUCCUAUAUAUGAAUUAUUUAACACAAUCAUUCUAGUUUUUAGUGUAAAAGAGGCUUAUUUUUUCCCAUCUCAAGAAAUAACUUGUGGCCCUUAAUAAAGCUCAUUAACUGGAUUGUAUAAAUGCUAUAAUCUUCAAAGUUAACAGAUUGUUGUUUCCAAAUAUAAAAUUGUUUUUGACAACAUAAAGCUUUGAAAUGAACCUGGCUGAAUGAAUACUGAAGCAUUUCUCACCAGCCUUUGAAUCACAUUUGUACAGUAUUUAAUUUAUGUAGGUGCAUGUGUGUUUUGUGUAAAACCCAAAACCAAAAGCCCACCAGCCCCCAAUAGCAAUUUGUAUUGCACCACAAUAUCUGGUCAGCUAGUGGAUAAAAUGACUAGUCAUGCUUCUGUGCCAUUAAAACACACUGCUUUAAAUAUGGUUACGGUCAGCAUAUGAAAAUUGUCCUUCAAAUCUGUUGUAUAAAAGUCACUUGUCUAUUGUCAAGAGCUUUCAGCACCAACCAUAGCAAUUCACCUUCAAUUUCCUCCCUAUCAUUUACUAUUUCUUUAAACAUUUAUUUUGCCAUGACAACAGAACAUCAUUUUUUGUUUUUUUCGUCCCCUAAAUGCACGAGGAACUCAAGCACAGUGAACAUGAGGGAAAAUAUUUGAGACCUCCAAAAACAAGACCAUCAAUCUGACCAUCGAUAAUGCUGUCGUCUGUGGAUAAACUCGUGGCCUGGGUGCUGACGGGCUUCUUGGCAAUUCUCACCAUCUUCUUCAACAUGUACCUGCUUCUGGUCAACCACAGAAGCUACCGGAAGAAGCACAAGCUCAACCCUGCCGACUUCAUCAUCACGGCCAUCGCCCUGGCCAGCAUCUCCCAGCAGGUUCUCACCUACUUAUGGCAGACGAUGGACGUGAUUGACACCGUGUGCCGAAUCAGCUUGACGGAGGCCAUCCUGCUGGUGCUCAUCUUCAGCGUGAAGCUCAUCAUAUUCUGGAGCACGGCGUUCCUGACCUUCUACUACGGCACUAAGCUGGUGGUGGAGCCCGUCCACUGCUACACACGCAUCCAGGAGGCCAUCGUCAAGCACGUCCACACCGUCCUGGCGGUGAUCUUUGUGAGCGGCUUCGCCAAUGCCGUUCCCUUGCUGAGCGUUCUCACUUAUUACAACGGCACCUCCACCGGACUGGGCGACUGCGGGUCCAUCAUGCCCACCGAUACGACCGGGCUCGCCUACAUCUUCUACUACGUGAUCAUCUCCGACAUCAUUCCGGGCAUCGUGAUGGUCAAAUGCAGCAUUUCGAUCUCAUACCACCUGGCGAAACAUCUUCUGGACAUGAAGGCCAGCAGCAACGGCGCCCACGGGCCCAAACUCGGCACGCAGAUGCGGGUCAUCAAGAUGACCCUGAGCCUGGUGGUCGUGUACUUUUGCUUCGUGGCCGUGGACAUCUACACGCAGAUGACGGUGGUGCUGAUGAGGCAGAACACACUUGCACUGACCAUUCUCUUCGCCAGCAUCUACACCACGGUCAGUGCGUUCGUGCUGGUUUACGGCAAAAAAAGCUACUGGAAGGAAUUGAUCGCCUCCUAUAACCUCUUUUUAGACGAGUACCCUUGUUUCAGCAGAAUGAAGGUCGAAGAGGUCAAAACAGAACCGCACGAGCACAGCCAUGGGCACUAACCCAGAGUUGAGGCCCAUUCACACCAAGGAUGAUAACUAUAAUGAUAAAGAUUUGUGCUCCCAUGGGCGUGCUGGUCUGAAAAUGAGUUGGUUCAGGUGCGUUGUUGGCGUGUUGCUAUUUUGAGGCAACUGAAAAUGACUGCGCCAUUGACCAACAAAAACCUGAUCUAAAGGUUCCUAAAGGUUUCAUCCGUGCUGAAUAAGAUUAUUAUUGUGUGCAUAAACAUAAAAAUGCUUUGGCGGAUUCCGGCUUGUCCAGUAGAUGGUCUGCUUGCGCACGAGCAGAUCCAUUUGCUCACUAGAGAACUGUUCCGUUUUUCCGCUUGCAAAAUUCCACCAUGUAAAUAGUGAAUCCGCCAUGGUGCGGCUUUUAAAGGGAAUGGGAGAUGACACUCUGAUUGGUUUAUUGCACGUUACAUCUAAAAUACACCCAUGACUGAUUAAAGGGUUAGUUCACCCAAAAAUGAAAAUUCUGUCAUUUAUUACUCACCCUUAUGCCGUUCC